GACUCCUGGUGGUUCUUGGGGAGAAGGGUAACAGGGAAGUGAGGUGGGUUCAGCUGUGGAAGUGCUGGGAUGGCUGUUCCAAGUGACCAUGAUCUAGACGGGUUGAAACCCUGGACUGAAGAAAGUGCCAGUGAGAGGCCAAGGCAGGAGGUGGAGACCUGUGGGUGACAGGUGUUCCCUGCACCUCCUACCCCUGCCCCUGGGAGAUGGUCCCCAGGGGCACCUUCACUGGGGGCCGGCCCUCAUACACACCCCUGCCUACCUUCUGGGGGCUUCUGGAGCAGAGAAGGGGCCUCGAGACCACGAGGAAGGCCAUAGGAAGGGGAGAUGCAAAACGGUGGCCGAACGCAGGUGCCGAAGCAGCCAGGAGAUGGUGCCGGGGCUUUCGUCUGGCACCUGGGGUGACCAGAAGCCAGCCCCGCUGUGAGUUGAACUCUUGCGUGUUGACCGGCCCCUCUCCUGCUCUCUGGAUGAUGUCUGAACACGACCUGGCGGAUGUGGUUCAGAUUGCAGUGGAAGACCUGAGCCCUGACCACCCAGGUACAGAGCUGUGGGACAUUGUUUUGGAGAAUCAUGUAGUGACAGAUGAAGACGAACCUGCUUUGAAACGCCAGCGACUAGAAAUCAAUUGCCAGGACCCCUCUAUAAAGUCAUUCCUGUAUUCCAUCAACCAGACCAUCUGCUUGCGGCUGGACAGCAUUGAGGCCAAGCUGCAGGCGCUGGAGGCUACGUGUAAAUCCUUAGAAGAAAAGCUGGACCUGGUCACCAACAAGCAGCACAGCCCCAUCCAGGUGCCCAUGGUGGCCGGCUCCCCUCUCGGGGCAACGCAGACGUGCAACAAAGUGCGAUGCGUCGUCCCCCAGACUACAGUAAUACUCAACAAUGAUCGGCAGAACGCCAUUGUAGCCAAGAUGGAAGACCCCUUGAGCAGCAGGGCACCGGAUUCCCUGGAAAAUGCCAUUAGCAAUGCUGUGCCUGGGCGUCGGCAGAACACCAUUGUGGUGAAGGUGCCAGGCCAAGAAGACAGCCACCACGAAGACGGGGAGAGUGGCUCGGAGGCCAGCGACUCUGUGUCCAGCUGCGGACAGGCCGGCAGCCAGAGCAUCGGGAGCAACGUCACCCUCAUCACCCUCAACUCGGAAGAGGAUUACCCCAACGGCACCUGGCUGGGCGACGAGAACAACCCCGAGAUGCGGGUGCGCUGCGCCAUCAUUCCCUCCGACAUGUUGCACAUCAGCACCAACUGCCGCACAGCCGAGAAGAUGGCGCUCACGCUGCUGGACUACCUCUUCCACCGCGAGGUGCAGGCCGUGUCCAACCUCUCGGGGCAGGGCAAGCACGGGAAGAAGCAGCUGGACCCGCUCACCAUCUACGGCAUCCGGUGCCACCUUUUCUAUAAAUUCGGCAUCACGGAAUCCGACUGGUACCGAAUCAAGCAGAGCAUUGACUCCAAGUGUCGCACGGCAUGGCGGCGCAAGCAGCGGGGCCAGAGCCUAGCGGUCAAGAGCUUCUCGCGGAGAACGCCGAACUCAUCCUCCUACUGCCCCUCAGAGCCGAUGAUGAGUACCCCACCGCCCACCAGCGAGCUCCCGCAGCCACAGCCGCAGCCGCAGGCGCUGCAUUACGCCCUGGCCAACGCGCAGCAGGUGCAGAUCCACCAGAUAGGAGAAGACGGACAGGUGCAAGUAAUCCCACAGGGACACCUCCACAUCGCCCAGGUGCCACAGGGGGAGCAGGUCCAGAUCACGCAGGACAGCGAGGGCAACCUCCAGAUCCACCACGUGGGGCAGGACGGUCAGCUUCUAGACGCCACCCGCAUCCCCUGCCUCCUGGCCCCAUCCGUCUUCAAAGCCAGCAGUGGCCAGGUGCUGCAGGGCGCCCAGCUGAUCGCCGUGGCCUCCUCGGAUCCUGCAGCGGCAGGUGUGGACGGCUCGCCACUCCAGGGCAGCGACAUCCAGGUUCAAUAUGUGCAGCUGGCGCCAGUGGGUGACCACACGGCCGGGGCCCAGGGCGUCCUUCAAAGCCAUGGGAGCAUCCACGCGUCGCCAGGCUUCCAGCUGCUCGUCUGAGCGUGCACAUGUGUAGCAGGCUGUCUCCCGGCACCGUCAGCUCCCACACCACCCAUCAAGCCGGCUACUGAGUACUUGGGCAUGGCCUCAUAGCCCCGGAGGGUCAAGAUCUCUUAUGAGCCUCUGGUGUUUUCCUGCCCAGACUGGACCUGGUCGUUUCUCCUGGGUGUCCCGGGCACUCUGCAUGGAACGCCAUACUGAGAAGCUGAGGUCUGGGUGCUGGGGAUGCUCAUGUUUUCGGAGGCCGGGCGUCAAGGGGCUUCCAACCCCAGCCUCUCGUGGGAUGAUGGGGCAGCUGGGCACGGGCGUAGCUGAGAACAGAAUUUCACCCCCGAGGCUCUGGGACUGGAGUUGCAGAAGAGCAGCUGCCCAGGGCCACUCAGUGUGUCCUUUACAAAAACAAACAGUUGAAAACCCCAGAUGUCUAACAGUGAGCAAUGAUUUGGCGAGCUGCGGUUCGGGGUCUGCCCUGAAUUCUUGGCUCCUGGACCGUGCCUGGGGGCGGAGGAUAUCAGCAGGAAUCUCAGAGGGCAGCUGAGGGAAGCUGGAGGAGACAGAGCUUUGGGAAAACAGCUUCAACUUUGCUCUUGGAUAAAGGAGCCAAGGGCAGGGCACAGAGCCAGGGUCCAUGGGCAGUGACACUCCGUCCUUUUCAGGGUCCACAAGCACCCACACGCCCUCCUUCCCUGUGUCCACAGGCGGCUGACACACCCUCCCUCCCUGUGUCCACAGGUGGCAAUGCUCCCUCCUUCCCAUUGUCCACAGGCGGCCACGUUCCUUCCUUCCUUGUGUCCACGGGCAGGAACGCUCCCUCCUUCCCUGUGUCCACAAGUGGCCGACACACCCUCCUUCCCGGUGUCCACGGGCGGCAACGCUCCCUCCUUCCUGGUGUCCAUGGGCGGCUGACACUCCUUCCUUCCCAGUGUCCAUUUCCACAGGUGGCUGACACUUCCUCCUUCCUGGUGUCUGUGGGUGUCCGACACUCCCUCCUUCCCGGUGUCCAUGGGUGACUGACACUCCCUACCUCCCGGUGGACACGGGUGGUGACACUCCUUCCUUUCCGGUGUCCAUGGGUGCCCAACACUCCCUUCUUCCUAGAGUCCAUGGGCAGCUGAUGCCCCUUCUUUCCUGGUGUACACGGGUGGUGACACUCCCUCCUUCCCAGUGUCCUUGGGCAGCUGGUGCUCCCUGCUUUCCAGGGUUCCAGGGGAGGCCCUAUCCCCUGAAUCUUGAGUAUGAUGCCAGGGAGCUGGGGGAGAGGGGCGACACUUGAGGACAGGCCAUAGCCCUCAUAUCCAGCCACCCCUAAGGGAGCGCAGCUGCUCCACACAGCAGAAUUCUCUCUGCACAGAGGCCAGCCCUAGCACUUCCAGACACCCCUUCUUGCUGAUGUCCUUAUGUCUUUUUCCAGCGUGAAGUUGAUGGUUCCCAGAGCCUGCGGGCAAAGCGUUCCCUGGCUCACUUCCUGCUGUAUGAACUGGAACUUUUCACUGCGGUCUAAAAAUAAUCCCAGCACUUUGGGAGGCCAAGGCAGGAGGAUCUCUUGAGCUCAGAAGUUUGAGUCCAGCCUGGACCACAUAGCACAACGUCACCUCUACUGAAAAAAAGAAAAAUCAGUUGGGUGUGGUGGCUCACACCUGGAGUCCCAGCUCCUUGGGAAGUUAAGGCGGGAGGAUCGCUUGGGCCCAGGAAGUGGACACGGCAGUGAGCUAUGAUGGCGCCCUGCACUCCAGCCGGGGACAGAGCAGACUGUCAGUCAUCGUCAUCAACACCAUCACCUCUCAACCGUCAAUAGGACCUUAUUCUACACUGACGAUGUCGCACAACCCCGAAUAGACGAAAAGGCUGGUGAAAGUGCACUUCAUACAGGUGACGUGUAUGGUCUGUAAUUAUAUCCAAUGAAGCUGUUAUUUUGUAAAGGGAUGGAUCGUUCUAAUAACACAAAUAAACGACAAUGCUGUGAC